GAAGCGAACUUGAUCGGUCAUGUGCCUCUUGAGAUCUUCUUCCGUCACAUUCUUCGCUCUCGCGAGAGCCCCGGACUAGAUGCGUAUUGGUCAGCGAGCUGUUGGCGCAUGCUCUGUGGCGGAACAUUUCUUUUCCUACUCUUUCCUAGUCGUUCGAGUAAUGAAGGCUCGCCUCCGGGACUUUGUAGACCCCCCGGUUCGAAGGCUCGUAACCGCCCUUAUAUGCCCCACUCCAGGCCUCCCCCCAAACCCUGAAGGAUUUUGACCGAAAGCCCCGCUUAUUUUCUGACGUAACUCAGUUCCGCAAACUUUUUCCCAGGCGCCUCUUCCGAGCCAGGUACUGUGCGUGCUAGCUACGGAGCGGGGUGCCCAGGAGAAACUCCUGGAGCAAAGGGACCAGGAUGGGAGCAGGCUCGAGAAGAAGCACAGGCCGGCUUGGAAAGCUACAGAUUAAAAUGUGUCGGAAGAAGCGAACUUGAUCGGUCAUGUGCCUCUUGAGAUCUUCUUCCGUCACAUUCUUCGCUCUCGCGAGAGCCCCGGACUAGAUGCGUAUUGGUCAGCGAGCUGUUGGCGCAUGCUCUGUGGCGGAGCAUUGCUUUUUCUACUCUUUCCUAGUCGUUCGAGUAAUGAAGGCUCGCCUCCGGGACUUUGUAGACCCCCCGGUUCGAAGGCUCGUAACCGCCCUUAUAUGCCCCACUCCAAGCCUCCCCCCAGACCCUGAAGGAGCCUGACCGAAAGCCCCGCUUAUUUUCUGACGUAACUCAGCUCCGCAAACUUUUUCCCAGGCGCCUCUUCCGAGCCAGAACUCAAGAUGGAUUUUUUAGUUCUUUUCCUGAUUUACUUGGCUUGUGUUCUGACUAGUAUUUUACUGCUCUGCAUAUAUUCCAAAAGGACCCAUAACUUUGCAGGAGGAAUCCUGACAGAUGGAUCACAGGUGUUUUCACAUUUUGUGCCAAGGUGGCUGCAAAGAGCUACACAAAAAACAUUUCAUCACCUCUUCCAUACACGAAACUACGUAUUCAUCAUCUUGCACUUGGCCUUAGAAGGGGCUGUUUACAGUGAAUACGCAUGGGAGAUAUUUCACUACUGUCUAGAACUGGAGUUUUCACUGUAUCAUCUUCUUCUGCCCUAUCUAUUAUUGAUUAUAAACCUGUUUUUUUUCAUUUUGAGUUGUAUGACCAAUCCUGGGAUAAUAACAAAAUCAAAUGAAGCAUCAUUUCUUCAAGUUUAUGAAUAUGAUGAAGUGAUCUUCUUGAAAAACAUGAAUUGUCCUACCUGCAACUUGAGGAAACCUGCCAGGUCAAAGCACUGUAGUAUAUGCAAUAGAUGUGUGCAUCGUUUUGAUCAUCACUGUAUUUGGGUAAACAACUGCAUUGGUGCCUUAAAUGCAAGAUACUUUUUAAUCUACCUCUUGACAUUGACUGCAAUGGCUGCAGACAUCGCCAUCAUAACUGCAGCAUUUCUAACGCGUUUGGUGCUCCUAUCCGGUAUGACAAUGGGAACAUAUUUUGAUGACCAUGGAAAUGAACAACCCGUUGAUAUUGCCUUUCUUAUACAGUAUCUGUUUUUGACCUUUCCAAGAAUUGUCUUCAUGCUUGGAUUUGUUAUUGUACUUUGUCUCUUACUUGGUGGUUACGUGUGCUUCACUCUCUACCUGGCAGUUACCAACCAGACCUCCAAUGAGUGGUACAAAUCCAGUAGAGCCAAGUGUCAUCGAUGCCAUAAUUCAGACCCUGUUAAAGAAAAACCCAGUGCCUAUAGGAACAUUUAUGCCAAGAGUGCUUGGACCAACUUGCAAGAAAUUUUUAAUCCAGUUACAUACUAUGAAAAAAAGAAAUAACAAUGAAGAAAGUGUUACUGAAUUUUAAAAUACAAAUUUAUUUAUAAAAUUAAAAGUACAAGUUCUUUUUCCUCCUCUAACACACACUUUCUUAUUGUCUUCAGUAUGUUUAUUAAAAAAGUUCUCAAGGGCUAGAAAAACACUCCAUCUGUUAAAUAUCACUUGUUUUCUGAAAAAUGGAAAUUAUAAUAUACUACCUACCUCACAGGGUUGUUGUGAGGAAUGCACUUUGUAAAUCUUAAAAUACUAUAGAAAUAUGAGAUAUUGUCAUUUGUUAGUAUUGUUGAAUCCUGGCUACUUGUCAAGUCUUGAAUAUCCCACACUCUUUCAAAAGUGCCCUUAGCUUGCAAGUCCACCUACUUCAGGGUCCUAUCACUCUUCCUUAGACUUUUAUAACAUCCUUCAUAACAGACUCCAGCCUGAAAUCUUUUCUCCACACAGAAUUUGACCAGUUCUAAAAAGGGGACUAUUAUACUUUUAAUAUUUCUCCUUCCAAUUUGAUUAAGUUUUCCUUUAAAUAUUUAGAUGCUAUGCUGUUUGGUAUACAUAUAUU